UCGGUGUCGUGGAUAAGAUCCCAACCACGAAUCUCUUGUCCCCUAAAUUUCUCCAUUUGGAAGGGCAAAAGCUCGAAGCUCUGUUUGGUAAUGGAGGUGGGUAUGUCUCUGAACGCACUGGUUCAGCUUCCGCUGAGGAACUCGGGAAGGCUCGAAGAUGGUGGCGGGUUUGUGAAGCACCACUGUCUGGCGGGCUGGAGAACUGGCUUCCGGGAUUCGGCGGCGCCGCGGCGACGGAGGGGGUUGGUGGUUGAGGCGAAGGGGAAGAAGGGAAUGGCGGCGCGUCAGUAUCAGCGCCCACCGCCUCCGCCGUUGCCGAAGAUCGAAGACGACGGUAACCCUCGUUUCGUCAUCUUCAUCCGCAUGGCCAAUGUGUAUCUUUGGUACCCUCUCAGCAUAAUAACCGGUGGUACCACCGCCAAGAUCAUGGUCGCUGCGAAAGACAACUUAUUGGGGAAGUAUAUCUACAAAGACACCAUUGCCAGAAACCUUGCAGCUGUUAUUUACAAAGACGAGAAGGAGAUACAAAAGACGGCAUUCAAGCAGUUUCGUGUUUUACGAAAUGCUACAGAGUUCCGAUAUGGUUACAAGCUUGUCGAAAAUGGCAAUGUGAGAGCUGCACUAACCACCACAGAUGUCAUCGAGCUCCCGACACAAGACAAGCUUAAGACAGUGGUUGAUAAAGUGAAAGACUUUUUCGGGGACGCUAAAGAAUCGUUUGGGAAGUUGACAGCAUUGAACUCUGGUGCCGAUGGAGACACUGAAGAAAGCCCGGAGGAGAAAGCCAAGGCAUGAGGCUGAAAACCCGAGGAUCGAUCAGCCAUUUUUGCUGUUCCGGGACGUAGACUCACGGCCGGAGAUAUUCACGGGACACAAUCAGAUGUUUUAUUCUGUGUGCAGUUUUCUUUAGUACAUUUCCUUGUAAUAUAUAACCGAAAGAAUCUGUGGUGUUUCUGCACAUGUGUUGAAAAGGGAAGAGCCUUUACAAAUUUUCAUCCAAGAAAGUGUUUUUUUUUU